AUGGCUCACAAGCUCACCUCGUCCCUGCCCGCGUGGCAGAAGCUGCAGCAGCUCUACGAGACCAAGGGCAAGCAGAUCAACCUCGGACAGGCUUUCAAGGCCGACUCGGAGCGCUUCAACAAGUACUCGCGAGAGUGGAACUCGAGCAACACCGACGCUCGCCUCCUCUUCGACUUCUCCAAGAACCUCAUCGAUGACGAGGUGCUCGACCAGCUCCUCGCCCUCGCCGAACAGGCGCAGGUCAAGCAGCAGAUCGACGCCAUGUUUGCCGGCGUGCACAUCAACGCCUCCGAGGGCCGUGCCGUCCUCCACGUCGCCCUCCGCGAUGUCCCCGGCGACUUCAAGAUCAACGAGGCCGGCGUCGACGAGGUCAAGCCCGAGCUCGAGCACAUGAAGAAGUUCUCCGAGGCCGUCCGCUCCGGCGCCCACAAGGGUUACACCGGCAAGGCCAUCAAGAGCAUCGUCAACAUCGGCAUCGGCGGCUCCGACCUCGGACCCGUCAUGGUCACCGAGGCACUCAAGCCCUACUCCAAGCGCGACCUCGACGCCCACUUUGUCUCCAACAUCGACGGCACCCACAUGGCCGAGACCCUCCGCGUCUGCGACCCCGAGACCACCCUCUUCAUCGUCGCCUCCAAGACCUUCACCACCCAGGAGACCAUCACCAACGCCACCACCGCGCGCGACUGGUUCCUCGAGCACGCAAAGGACAAGGCGCACGUCGCCAAGCACUUUGUCGCCCUCAGCACCAACGUCAAGGCCGCCACCGACUUCGGCAUCGCCGAGCAGAACAUGUUCAAGUUCUGGGACUGGGUCGGCGGCCGAUACUCGCUCUGGUCCGCCAUCGGCCUUUCCAUCGCCAUCGUCAUUGGCUACGACAACUUUGAGCAGCUCCUCCUCGGCGCACACGAGAUGGACCUCCACUUCAAGAACACCCCGCUCAAGGAGAACCUCCCAGCCCUCCUCGCCCUCCUCGGCAUCUGGUACAUCGACUUCUUCGGCGCUCAGUCCCAGGCCAUCCUCCCCUACGACCAGUACAUGCACAAGUUCGCCGACUACUUCCAGCAGGGCGACAUGGAGUCCAACGGCAAGUUCAUCACCAAGAACUCCGAGCGCGUCGACUACCAGACCGGCCCCAUCAUCUGGGGUCAGGCAGGCACCAACGGCCAGCACGCCUUCUACCAGCUCAUCCAUCAGGGCACCAAGCUCAUCCCCUGCGACUUUAUCGCUCCCGUCCAGACCCAGAACCCGCUCGGCAAGCACCACGAGAUCCUCCUCUCCAACUUCUUCGCACAGCCCGAGGCUCUGGCUUUCGGCAAGUCCGAGGCCGAGGUCAAGGCCGAGCUCGGCGCAGAGGCUUCCAACGAGUUCCUCGUCAAGUCCAAGGUCUUCGAGGGCAACCGCCCCACCAACUCGAUCAUGGUCAAGAAGCUCACCCCCGCCACCCUCGGCGCACUCGUCGCCAUGUACGAACACAAGAUCGCCGUCCAGGGCUUCGUCUGGUCCAUCAAUUCCUUCGAUCAGUACGGAGUUGAGCUUGGCAAGAUUUUGGCCAAGAAGAUCCUUCCUCUGCUUGAGGGGACCGAUGCUAGCAAGGUUGAUGGUGCGGGACACGACUCGAGCACCAGCGGACUGCUUAAAUACUUCCUCUCCAACCGCAACUGA